GCUUAUUACGUCAUUACAAAAGACCUUCCUGUCCCUCGUGUCAUAACAUGUCUUUUAACUGAGUAAUCUGGCAAUGACAUCAACCCAUUGCCAGCUGAAUUAAAUUUGUGAAUCGAGGAUUUGUUUGCCGAAGCCAUGCCUCGCUACGAACUGGCCCUGAUCCUGAAGGCGAUGCAGCGCCCGGGGACAUCGGCUGCUCUCCGGCGGACAGUGGAGACUUUGAUGGAGCGGGGCGCUGUGGUGAGAGACCUGGAGAACUUGGGGGAGAGACUGUUACCCUACACGAUAACUAAACACAAUCAGAGGCACAACAAAGGGGCUUACUUUCUGGUCGAUUUCUACGCAGCCCCCAACAUCCUCACAGGCUUACUGGAUCACCUUCACCGUGAUGUGGACGUGGUGAGGCCCACUGUGCUGAAGAAGGACGCCCAGGUUUCCAGCAGUAACUGCUGUGGCCCCCAACAGUGAUUUAAUGUUUUCACAGCUCAUAUCCAGAAGAUGUACAGUGUGACGCUUCCCUCUGACCUUUUCCAUAGAUGUUGACCUACAUUUGGAUAUCAUAAUAAACUACUUUUCUAUCUUA